ACGGAAAAGUUAUGGCUCGCUCUGUAUCCUGUUUUGUACCUGUCCUCCUCCUUCCCCCUCCCCCACGCCGUCACCACUCCCCUCCUCCUUUUGCUAAGUAAGAAAAGGCUCCAGCCUCCUUCUACGCAUCCCCGGGUUGGCAGAGGGAGAGGAGGGCAACCGGUGGGAAACCCAGGAGCCCAGAGGCGGGGGAAGAACUCGGAGGACUUCUGUGGCCAUUCUGCGAAAUGGUCACAGAACCAACCCGUCCGCAGUUUCAAGAGAGAGAGAGAGAGGAAGAAAAAAGGACUUAAACCCUCCAUCAAAGCCCCGGGACCGACAUCUCUCCAGAAGUUCACCUGUCACCUCCAUUUCCCCAACCAACCAGAAGCCGGAUACAGCGAGCGAGGUUUAGGGAACGCUGAGUAGGGAACAAAGGACCCAUUCCUUUUUGAGGGUUCACAUUAGAAUAAAAUGAAAAGAACUGUCUGGAUGGAUGUUAAAGCAGGAUAGUUGGAUCUCGGUGUGGGGUGGAGGGCAAGAGCUUUGAGCCGGCGGCUUUCCUGGAAAGACCUCCCCCCCCUACUUUUCCAAGUGUGACAAAGGAGGCGGAGUAGAUGGCCUCCCCUCGCCGCUCUCCCUCGAGAAAUAAAGGAACGUGAAACCGGAGAUCGCUUUCCUGGACCCGGCGACGGCUUCUCGAUCCGUUUGAAGAAGGUGGGGAAAAAAAAAAAGGCCCCUAACAAAGCCGGAAAGUUCUCCGGCGAGAACCGUGCCGCGCUGCCCUGCGGCUUUAAGAGCUCGCUGCCACGCUUGCCGAGAAGGCACCCAAAGAAGGCAGGCUCGCCCAUCCCAGCCGCCUGCAAAGUGUCCCCGGUCCCGGCAGGGGAAAGGACGGCGCGGAGUUCGCGGCUGCAAGCGCCGAGGUUGCUCCCGGGGACUCCCCGCCCCCCUCCGCCCCCCUUUCUGAUGUCCCUUUUCCGAAGCGGUCGCCCUUUGCACGUUGCCCAGGGAGGAUCUCCGUAGCCAACCCGCCUCCCGCUCCGGCUGCAGCCCUGCCGCCCCUCCGUUCUCUCUUACCAGAGCGGCAAGAGCCAUGGAGCUUUUCCGCUGCUCCUCUUGCCGCUUGGUCCUGUGGGACCCGGUGACUGUGUCGUGCGGCCAUUCCUUCUGCCGCCGGUGCCUGGACGAAGAUCUGCCUGCUAAGUGCCGCCUUUGUGGGGGAAAACUCGCCCUGCUGGGCUCCAGGACGGUGGCCAGCAACGUCCUGCUCUCCAACUUGUUGGAAAAGUGCUUGGGGAAAGACGCCAAAGUGGCCCGGCUGAAGAUGGGCUUGCAGGAGCUGCUGAGGACCCGGGACUACCGGGGAGCUCUGAGGACCCUUCAGAAGGCGGUCGGAUUGGCUCCAGACGAUCUUAUGCUGAGGAUGUGUCGAUCAGAGGUGUAUGUGGCUUUACAGCGAUACCCAGAAGCUCUGGAGGAUUUGGAGGUGGUGUGCAGCCAAGAGCCAGAAGAGUGUGAGGGCUUUUUUAGGAAGGGGAAAGUGCUCCUGGAAAUGGGGAAACAACCAGAGGCCCUGCUGCAGUUCCAACAUUGCCUCACACUGGAUUCCAGUUUUCAUGCUGCUCAGUAUGAGACAGAAAAGAUUCUCAUGAAUGAUGCGUCCCCUCUUCCAGGGACUGUUGUGGAGCUAAAGAGUGACAUCAAUCAGAACUUGAAAGGAUCUAAUUCAGGGAAAGAGGACUUGAAGGGAAAAACGGAAUUUUUUUUGGGUGAAACUGCAUCUGAUCACACCCAAGCAGCACUUCCUGUGUCAGACUGGUUGAGGCAGAAACCAAGCUCAGGUUUUUCUGCAAAGAAAGAAGGUGAUCUGGAGGACAGAGCAUCAGCAGAUACAAUAGGAACAAAGCCCACUGAAGAUUCUCUGCUAGACCUUGAGAGCCUCCUGAGUACAUCAGACUUGGAAUGUUCUCUUUGUAUACGGAUGUUCUUUGAGCCUGUGACCACGCCUUGUGGCCAUACUUUCUGCAAAGAGUGUGUGGAGCGUUGCCUCGAUCACAGGCCCAAUUGCCCCCUUUGCAAGCAGAGUCUUCGAGAGUAUCUGAGAGCUGGAAAAUACAAUACCACAGUGCUGCUGGAGGAGCUUAUGACAACUGUCUUUCCAUCACAACUGGCAGAAAGAAAAUUGGUACACCAGGCUGAAAUGACAGAACUUUCGAACCUGACCAAGAAUAUCCCCAUCUUUGUGUGCACAAUGUCAUUUCCAGGCAUUGUGUGUCCCCUUCAUGUGUUUGAACCUCGCUACCGUCUCAUGAUGCGAAGAUGUCAGGAGACUGGCACAAAGAUGUUUGGCAUGUGCAUGUUUGAGAAUGGGAAGAGUUUUGCUGACUUUGGCUGCAUGCUUGAGAUUCAGAAAAUAGUAUUCCUGCCUGAUGGACGAUCUUUAGUGGACACAGUAGGCAAGCGGAGGUUCCGGGUUUUGAGACGCAGCCACCGGGAUGGCUACAACACUGCUGAUAUUGAGUACUUGGAUGACAAGAAGGUGGAAGGAGAAGAGCUGGCUGAGCUUCAGAAUUUGCAUGACUAUACAUACCAGCUAACUGAGAGAUUUUAUGACCACGGGGACACCACCUUCAGACAACUCUUGAUUCACCAUGGACCUCUUCCUGAGAAAGAGGAGGACAUCCAGGCAUCUCCAGAUGGACCAGUUUGGUGUUGGUGGCUUAUAUCCAUCUUGCCCCUUGACUUGACCCGUAAGUUGACGAUCUUCUCUGACACAUCCCUGAAGGCUCGUCUCACCCAUCUAAAGCAUAUUCUGAAUGUCAUUCUGGAAAACCGCGACUACAAUAGCUAAUUUUCAGACUUUGUCCCGAGAAGAAGGUUAUGAAUACCAUAGAAGGAAGAAAUACAAUGGGUUUAUGCUAUAUCACACAUCAUUUUUCUCUGUGAAGUUGGGCUAAAGAACUCCGCCUGAUAUGAUGUUUCUUUAUGUGUUUUCUGUGUCCGGAUUAUUUUGUUUUAUUGUAGAACUGACCUCAGCAAUAGGCCAUGAACCAGUAAAAUGAAGCUGGUGUGCAAUAGUAAAAAGAAUCAUUAGCAAUGAUACACCGUCCAUAGGAGAUUUUUUUUUUUAGGGUGGGGAGAGAAUCUUCAGUUGACCUUGUUAGGAUAAAAGAAUACUGAGUCUAGAUAUGAAAUCUGUCCAAGAAACCGGACUGACAUGCCUUUUCUUGUGCUAAGCAAAGAAAUCUCUAAGUAACUUAUCACCCACCUGCAAAGCAAAAAGGAAAUCCAAUCGCAAAGGCUUUCUAAGUUUUAUCCUCUUACUUCUUAGCGAUAUUUGGGUAGGAUUAUUGAAAACUCUGCAAAAUGUAUAUUCCAUUUCUCGAAUUUUAAACCAUUCCCCUGAAGCUGCUGUUAGCUGCAGAGCAGGAAAAGGCUAGGUACAAUGCAGCACAGCCGUGAUCCAAAUUGCACCAUUGGAUGUUAUUUUUUUAUAUAGUGAAAGAAAAAUGUAGUGGAGAUUAGAUCAUAUGGGUCAUGUGUAGCUGGGCUCUUGGACAUGACGUGAAGUGAAGACAAAUGCUGGAGAAUAAGAUUGUAGGUUAGAAAUACUUCUAUAUGAUAAGGGACUAACAAACAUGACUUUGAAGUAUGUCUCACUCCCAGGCAAUGUAGUUAGGCUCAGGCUGCUCAUGGAUAAAACAUUUAGCCUACAAAGGAUGGCUGAAGAGAAAUUUGAAAGAGAAAACAAAAUUGUGGAAUCCAUUGCUAUGGGAUGGAGGGAAGAGCUAAAAGAUGAGCAAUCAUCUGAAAAGUAUUAGUCAAAAAUAUCUAGAUUUUGAAAUACUAGGAUGGUUAAGUAUUCAGCUAUAUCAAGUUGUCCAGUUAUUGUGUAUCCUGCUAGACAAAUUUAUAAGGGAUACAAAAACAACUUGAAAGGCUAACAAAUGUAUUGUGACAUGAUAUAUUGUUGGAGAUGGACGUGCACAUACAUGGGCCCGGUAUAAGAAUCGACUUCACAAAGGUGAAAUGUCCUUCAUUUCUUCAUUUUUAAAGUGCCUCAGGAUCCUGGUUUUGUUACAGCAGCCUAAUGUGCCUACGGUUAUAACAUUUGCCCUAGAUGGAAUAUUAACAGUUAUUAGGUAGAAUGCUCUUGACCCCCAGCACUAAGACUGUAGCAUUGGCAAGGGAACAACAAAAGCUCAUGGACUUUAUUACAACUUUUGCCCUCUUAUAAACUUCUUCAGGCAUCUGGAUGUUCUUAAAUUCUUACCUGACCCUUCCUAAUAACAGUUUACAAUACUGGCUUGAUUUGCUAUUUGUCUGGCCUGCUUAAAAAAAGAACUCAAAGUUUGUUGGAGUCAGAUAAAGCUUCUGUUUAAAUUAUAUAGGUUUGACAGAUUAACAACAAUAAACAUAUUAGAAUUAGUAACUCACAACAUGUUUUCUGGAUCAAGCAGAACCCCACCACUAUAUUCCUUGACCCACCGACCCCUAAUAAAAUAUGACU